AUGUGUCACUUACCUUCCUCGCCAUAUCGAUCGUAAAUGUCCUUCUUCUUUGCAUCACUGAGGACGUCGUAGGCUUCUGCAAUCUCCUUAAAUUUGUCCUCAGCCCCUGCAGACUUGUUCUUGUCCGGAUGGUAGCGGAGGGCCUGCUUUCUGUACGCCUUCUUUAUUUCAUCUUCAGUGGCACCCUUGGCUAUUCCCAGGACUUUGUAAUAAUCUUUACCCAUCACAACUAACCGGUCACUUCUUCAGCCACGUCUUCAAAAAUAACAUUCCAGAUGGAUCCCCUUCUCUUUUGGGUGCCAAGAACACAUCAGCAGCCUCCAGCAUGUGGCUAACGACGCUAGCUUCUCCAGCUAGCUAACUAGCUAGCAAAUAAGCUAGCUACGGGUAAAGGUAAAAGGUUAGCCGGGUUGACUUGAAUACGUAGGCGACUUUUCUACCUCACGCCAAAGACGAGGAGACAAAUGUCACCGAAAUUGAACGACCCGACGUCAGCCGGCGUGUUCGAACUGAUAUUUCUCUGUCGGGCCGCAAGGGAGCAGCAGCAGAGAAUCGCUGGGAAGAAACUUCUGGAAGAAGCUAGCUGCACUGAAGUGUGGCAUGAUAGCUAAAGCGCGGCGAGAUUUUUCACUCCAAGCACUUCCGUUUUCGUGUGCAAGCCAGGAAGUCUUUUUACGGUAACUGUUAAAAACGAUCCCUUAACCGCACUUUCUUGUUUCAAAAACAGAUAUAUUUUCAUAGUCAUUAUUUAUUUUAGUGUAAACAAUCUGACAUUAUGUGUCUUACAUACAUUAUUUGGGUAAUUUUAUCACAUUUACGUAGUUUGUACGAAAUGCCCACGGGUAGUUGACAGUAUGUCAGGCAGGUUCGCUAGAAUAAGGAUUUUUUUUUACCAAUAUUUACCAUAAAUUCUCCCUAAACAUUUAACAUUUAACUAUACAAGGCAGCCACAUACACAUACAUGUUUAAAUAUUGAAUAAUCUUGUCCGUGAAUACAGAAUACAGCUGAAAUACUCUUGGAAUGUGAACCGAUUGCUACUCCUGCUGUUUUUAAAUAGACUAAAGAAUACAGAUGCAAGUUCUUGUAUACUACGUGAUAAGUUGAGUCAAUGAAAGGCAUUGGUAAUCAGUUGUUGCUAGGGAAAAUUUGUAUCCCCAUUCAAAAAUUGGUGGAGAAAGGACAGGCAGGGUCGGCAGGGACACGGUCAGACACAACCUCACCGACAGGAUUAUGACACCAGUUUAUUGAGACACAAUCAUUUUGAAAUUGUGUGAAUAUACUUUCAAUUGCCAGACACAUGAGAGAAAGUAGCAGAAGCGUUGGCAGGAACGCAGUCAAACAAACACUAGAGUAAAAAGAAGAUUAUGGAAUGUCUUUUCCGUCCAAUAUUUUCUGUGGAGGUCAGGAGGAGGAAUGAAUACACAGGUGGUACGAGGUCAUGGGAGGAAGUAAAGAGAGGGGGUUAUGUGCGUUGGCAUGUGGAGGUCUUUCAUCCCACCCAUCAGGCUUUUAAUCGGGCCUUUCUUGAGCUGCCAAAUCCAGAAGCAGAGCAGUUGAGUCUUCAAUCGCGUUUACAGAACCAGUAGUUGACCGGCGUCCAAAGACCGCACAUUGGUAUUGUGUUCCGCAAGCAGCGUCCCAAGGUUACCAGCGAGCUGCUGUGCGAAGAGCAAAUCAGCCGGCUUAUAUUUAGCCUUGCAAAUGGCGCUCUGUGGAUUAUGUCUUGCGGCUCUCCGGUUUCGUCUUCAGCGCGUGUGUUUGCUAGCAUGACGGGGGCUCCGGUCCGAGCUAUUCAGGUGAGGCUCCCAGUGUCGUGUUCUUCCACACCGGCUCGUCUUCCAGGCAUUUUUUCGCUCCCCCCCUUGGCGCACAGGCACGCUGUAAAGAUAUUUACAGAGGUGAGGAGAGCAGCAAAGACACUUGUGUCAGGACCCGCUGACAACCAGUUGAGUCUCUUUUGGGGAUCACCAUGGAUGUUCUGGCCUUAGAGGCAAAGACUGUGAACGGUGCAGAACCAGAGAAGAAGAAGGCUGCUUCCAGGCCCAGACCUAAGCCUCCGAAAAAGCCCAAAAGGAUCGUGUACUUUGAGGUGGAGAUUGUGGAUGUUAAGACCAAGGAGAAACUGCUGCUGCUUGACAAGGUGGAGCCAACCGCAACUAUUUUGGAUAUCAAGGCCUUGUUUCACAAAUCAUAUCCAAAGUGGUACCCUGCCAGACAAUCGCUGCGCUUGGAUCCAAAGGCUAAAUGUCUCAGGGAUGAGGAAGUUCUCCAAACUCUUCCCGUGGGAACCACAGCGAGCUUCUACUUUAGUGACCUGGGACCUCAACUCACAUGGGGAACGGUGUUCCUGGCCGAGUGUGUUGGUCCACUGCUCAUCUAUUUAAUGUUCUACUUCCGCCUUCCCUUCAUCUAUGCUCCCAAAUAUGACUUCACCAGCAGCAAACACUGGGUGGUGCAUUCUGCUUGCAUCUGUCACUCCUUCCAUUACAUCAAGAGGAUUCUGGAGACACUGUUUGUCCACCGCAUCUCCAAUGGGACCAUGCCUCUGAGGAAUAUAUUUAAGAAUUGUGGCUAUUACUGGUGCGCCGCAGCCUGGAUGGCGUACUACAUAAACCACCCUCUCUACACCACGCCUAUUUACGGGCAGCAGCAGGUGAAUGCAGGACUUUACAUUUUCUGGUUCUGCCAGAUAGGGAAUUUCUCCAUCCAUGUUGCUCUUCGUAACCUCAAACAACCAGGUUCAAAAGUGAAGAAGAUACCUUACCCGACAAAAAAUCCUUUCACGUGGAUUUUCUGGCUGGUGUCUUGUCCAAACUACACAUAUGAGCUGGGCUCAUGGAUAGCCUUCAGCGUGAUGACGCAGUGUGUCCCCGUGGCUCUCUUCACUGUGGUGGGCUUCAUCCAGAUGACUGUGUGGGCCCGAGGGAAACACCGCGGCUACUUGAAGGAGUUCAAGGAUUAUCCCACCCUGCGCUCCUCCAUACUGCCCUUCAUCCUUUAGGAAGGGCAAACACCUCCCUGGACCACCACCACCCAACCAUAAUCCCUCCAGCCCACUGGACUGUCACAAGCUUGAAGCAGUUUUUGGCUGGUUUAAAGUCUUAAUUUACCAUUGUUGACGAGCAGGAGGAUGCAAAAAAAAAAAAAAAAAAAAAAGUCCUUUUCAUGUAGAUGUUGGUAGGAAACUUAAUGUGCACUGUCCAUGUAGCCAGCAGCCUGGAGCUGACCCAUGUGUGACCUUCAUAAAGCAGACAGGCUAUGCUCUUUUUUUUUUUUGCGUGUGGAUCAAGUGCAUUUCUGGCAUACAACAUGAUGGAAUAGGAUCCAAUCCCAAGUCCAGAGCCAAGACUACAAAUAAACUUUAAAAAAGGAUGCCACAUCAUGUUUUUAGUUGGGUUUUUUUAAGUUCUUUGGAUUUAUUUCUGUACUAAUCUGAGCCACAGUGCUUCACAUAAUUGCUUACAGACAUUUGGGGGAAAACAAAUCUUCCAUUUUCAACGAUUGUAUACAAAAAAAAGGACUAAAAAAAAAGUAUCAAGAGGCUGAACAUAGGCUUUAUUUGUUUUAACGGACUGAUUUAAGACAAGGUGGACUACAUCCUAUGGAAUGUUACACACUUCAAGUGUCUGCUUUGUAGAUCACAUGAUAAAAAUGAAUGAUAACAAAUAUUGCAUCUGAUCUGCUCUGUAUUGGCUUGGCCUGGUUCUUGUAUUAUUUACCAUGCAGGCGGCCAUUGCUGCUCACAAUGCAAAUCAAUGAGGUAAGUAGAAAUGAAUGAGACUAGGAAGUGCUCUCAGCUACUGCAGGAACUUUGAUGCACUGAACAGACAUGUUGUAGUUUUUUACCUGCAUGGUUUUGGGAAGGUCUCACCUCAGACGAAAGUAGGAAGAAGGUUCUGGAGGAGCCCCAAGUGCAGCACUUCAGUCGUUGAGGAAUAAAGAAGGUCAGGGGUAUGAGCCCACAGGAAGUCCACAGGGUGCACAAGGCCCUGGCUUUAUGAUACAUGGUGUGGCUCUUCUUAAAGGGCCAGCGCCCCUCCUAUGCGCGAGGGUGAAAUGAGGAUCAUAAUGAGAGGUAGGAUGAAUGUUUUUAAGUCACUAGCCCCUCUCCUCCUUUCCUCCAUAUAUUGUCUCAGAGGUCCUCACACUCCAGGAAGUGGGUCCUCUGGAGCACCUUGAUG